AUGGUAUUUUUGCCAAAAAAUACUACUUCAAUACUUCAGCCCAUGGACCAGGGCAUAAUACGCAAUGUGAAGCACUACUAUCGCACCCGAAUAGUCCAGCGUCUCUGCAACUUUAUUGGAAAACCAAAUGUGGAGCGCAAAGACUGCCCGAUAAAUGUCUACCAAGCACUUCACUUCCUCCAGUGGGCCUGGAGUCCAGUGAAGCCGGACACUAUCAAGAACUGUUUCAAGAAAGCAGGGGUGCGAGAGUUUUCCGAGGCCGACUACGCCGAAGCUGAAGCGGGAGCAGGAGAACAACUAGCUGCCGAGCUUGCUCGGGAAGCUCUUGCUGGCGGUGGACGUGGACGUGGACGCGGGUCGCGUGGCGGUCGCAGUGCUCCCGCUACUCGUGGAGCUGCACGUGGCGCCCGUGGCACUCGUGGCAUCCGUUGCGGACGCGGGUCCCGUGGAGGACGCGGUGCUCGCGGUGGCCGCGGGGGUCGUGGCGGAGGCCGUUGCAUCGUUUCUGAUAGUGAGGACUCGGACGUCGACGGCGACCUGGAUCAAGAGAGCUCCACCUCGGAGGACGAAGAUGAACCCAACGAGGACGUCACCGACACCGAGGCUGACCAGGACGACGAACAAGAGCACGCCGUUGUCGAGCCCGAGAACAGCAUUGAGGUUGACGAGGACGCCGCGGAGGAGGACGGUCUUGAGGACGAGGGCGCCGAGGAGGGCGCCCAGGAGGACUACGACGUUGAAAUGCAGGAUGCCACUGAGUCCAGAGAAGACGAUGAGGAGAUUGACUUCGUGGAGGUCGAGGAGAAUGAGGAGAUCGAGCUGAUACCCAUCGAUGAAACCAUCAAAGACAAAUGGGAAGAUGUGUGCCAGCUGCUCUAG